UUCAGAAGUUAUUUGGACAAUAAGCAGCAAUGGUGCUGUUUGUGACAGUUCUGUUUCUGACAGUGGUAUCUCUUUUACACGAUGGAACCUGUUUCUCAGUUUCCCCAGCAGAAAGAAGUUUCGCACCAAGUAAUGCAGGGCAAAGAAGAGGCAUCUAUGGACCCCCUGGCCUAACGAAAGUUGCUAAUGAAGGUGGAUCUUCAGGAUAUGCUGCAAAACCAUCAAGUUCUUCAAACCCAAUGAAUCCUUUCCUAAGCCUCAGACCCUUUCUUCCAGUGAAGCCCACAUUCUUUCCCCCAGUGGUAGACCCAAACAUUUUUAUCAACAAGAAAGCUCAGAUGCUUGACAGUUUAUUUUCAUCUUCUGGUAUUACCAACUUUGUUCCUAAUGCUGGAGUUUCUACUUCAGCAGAUAUGACUGCAAAUGAUUCUCCAGUGCCUCAGACAUCAGGAGUUAAUCCUAAAGACUUCAUUAACUCAAAAACUGCAUUUCUAAGUAAUCUUUUUGAUCAGCUAUCAUCAAAUGAUGGACCUGCCUCUACAGUACAGAGAGAUUUGAUCAGAGCAUAUGAUGACACUCCUUCUAUACAACGCCGUGUAGUUCCUGGCCCGUCACCAUUUUGGGGGCCCAUCCUUAGUCCAACAGAGAAGAUAAAGCUCUUCACAGACAAGAAAACACAAUUCCUGGAUAAGCUUUUUACAAGUAUUAGUGUUACACCACAGCCAGAAACAGACAGUGCAAAUGUCCUAGACGAAACCAGCACAACAGUGAAACCAACGAUAGUGCCACCUGACUUCUGGAUUCCACAGUACAAGAAACCUGGAACAAUGCAAACAAGAGCAAUGCCUGGUUCAGUACAGCAAAGUAUUGCUCCUCAGCCACCACUGUCAUGGAAUCCAUUAAUAUCACCAAUGGCAAAAGCUUAUUCAGAUAAGAAAACAGAUUUUCUAAACAAACUUUUUGCCAAUGUAGUACCUUCACCAGAGGCAGCACCACAAAUGGGUAGUGCUUUUGAUACAAUAAACCCUACUGUAAAACCAACAAUAGUACCACCAAGCUUUUGGUUACCAGCAUAUAAGAAAAGUAGUCCCACUGUUGAAAAUGAUAUUGCUGUUAACAAUCCCACAAGUUCAGUUAUUAAAGAAAGCGAUGCUGUUUUGCCAUUUCCCUUUGCACCCCUUGUCAAUGGUGCACCAGUUUUCAGUCCAACCUAUUUCAUCACUAAAAAGAAUGAAUUUCUAGCAAAGCUUUUCCAGACCCUUAAUACAACAAACCCUAGUGCAACAGGAUACUCUGGCAGUGGUGUAGAUACAACUGCAUAUCCAUACUUCUUGGCUCAGCUCUUCGAUUACCUUAAUGAUUCUAAUACUGGUAAAGACAGUGCAUACUCAUCUCCCAAACGUCACUCUCCAGACUCUGAGAAAAUUAGAGUAAGUGAUUUAGAGAAAUUCCUGAGAAUCAUCAGUGACAACUCUGAUAGUGAAGGAAGCUCAACAACGGAUCUUUUCAGUGAAAGAAGUGUUACCAUGGCUGACCCUGUCAAUAUCCAAAAUGCAAAAGACAUGUUUGUGAAUAACAUUCUUGGUGAGCUAGCAAACAUCAAGAAUAGUAUGUUACAAGCUGCCAGUGAAGUAGUACAACAGCAGAAAUUAGUAAGCACAUCUCCAGCUUCAGGGAAGAAACCUGGAACCACAUAUGGGUCACCAUACAAGAUGUGGGGAAAAGCUGCUGCAGGAAUGCCAACUGCUGAUCCUUUGCAGCCAUUUGUAACAAAAAUGACAUACCUCAGCCAUCUUUUCGAUACACUGACACAACUUGAGAAGAAUAUGACAUCAGCAAUUGAGCAGGAGGCUGCUUUAGGAGCUCAAAAGAGCACUGACAAUGAAGUAAUAUCAAACAGUAGGAGAGGUUUAAGUGGUGGUGAUACAAAUAGUGACUUGGCAGCAUUACAACUUUGUGGUGCAAAUGGUGAACUUCCACUAACUGAAUUAACUUCUCUAACAAAUGAACCCGUGACUGCUGAUACUUUGACAAGUGACAAUCUUCUAAAUAAAAGCAAGAAAUUAUUUUGUCAUUUGCUAGCAAAAGCAGGAGCAGGGAAACAAAAAGGAAAUGGUGUCCCAUCUACUGAGCCAGUAGCACGAAGCAUCAAAAUGGCAGUUCAUCAAGGUUAUCAGAGUCUGCCCCCGGGAACAGAGGAGUUAUUGCAAGCAGGAGGAGGUGGAGGCGGUGAGACACAGAACCAGGAAGGAGGUGGCCUGAAGUUGCAGAUUAAAGUGCCAGCAUAGCUAUUCUGGAGUUCUUCACCUGUGGGAUAGUUGUCAUUAAGAUAAACUACUUAUAAGAAGCAAAAGAUGGUUGAAAGAUGAAAUCAAACUCUUCAACAGUUGCAGAAAGAGUUUAUACAUUAAUAUUAAAUGGAAGCAUCCUUCCAUUAUAAUUAUGGAGAAAAUAUUAAAUAAUAACAGAUUUCACAAUAAUGUUGAAUAGCAAAUAAAACACGUUUAUGUAGCAUAAUCCUACAAUCAUAUAUAAUGAAAAUUCAUUACAAAAGAUUUGUUUAUUUUGCCUGUAAAGAAAAUUAAUCAUUUCCAUGUCCCUUUUCAGAGAAUAUAUAUUUUUAACAAAUCACUAUAAGUUAACCCCUACAACAAUGAUAUCCACAAACAGAAAGCUGCCAUUGUUUGUCAGUAUUCAUACUUUAUAGAUAUUCAUUUUCUUGAGGACAGUGCAUUUCACUGGAUUGUUUUAUAAAUUGUUUCUCAUUUCCUCACACUCUUUCUCAUCAGAAAAAAAAAUAAGAAAAAAAUUAUUCUUCAUAAAUUUUAGUGAUGUUAUCUUGAUUUUUGGACUGUUUCAGAAAACUGGCCUCGACUAUGGCCAAGAACAGUGGUCUAGCCAUCACCACCACAACCAUCAUCAUUAAUUUUUAAAGGACUUUCGGUUUCAAAUCCAAAUCAAAUGAACUGAAAUGAGAAAGCUAUCACAUAUUUAGCAAUGUGAAGACUGCAAAAAUUUGCCAAAUAUAUUUAUGAUAAUAGUUAGCAAAUAUUUUUGUGACUGGUAGAAUUUUAGUGCUGCUCAGUUUAUAGUACAAUACAUACAUUUUUAAAUAAAACUUCUAUGAAACAUAUUAAUUUA